CCUGUCCCUUUCGCUGCCACUAGUUUUUGGGUUUUGUUCUCCCCUUUCUUUUUUACGAUUUUUAAACAUUUCCUUCUGCUUUUCCAAUAUCCUUUCCUCUUCACUGGCAAAGCUUAUUACACUAGCUUGGUAGACUGAUGAAUAAACAACUCUACUACUAAAUAGAAGAUCAUUUCUCACUCUCCAUUCUUCAAUGCUCUCUCUCUCUCUCUCUCUCUCUCUCUCUCUCUCUCUCUCUCUCUCUCUCUCUCUCUCUCCACAUUAUUCAUUUAUUUAUACAUUUAAUUUGUGUAUGUAAUAUUCCCCUGCACACCACUUACAUUAUCCACUGAGAGUAGCUGUAUUUGGCCUUCUCAAUAAUUUCUACAUAAUUUCAACCAAAAAAUUAAUUCCUACGCAAGAACAAUAAUGGUUUGAAUUUUGCUUGGUCGUGUAUGUCUCUUUCACCAACACAAGCUACAAAGCCUCUCUCUCUCUCUCUCUCUCUCAACUGAUCCACUUCUAUAAUGGACUGCAUGUCAGAGAAUGAGCGGCUGAGAAGCUCAAGUUAGUCGCCUUCUUCUUUAGCUUGCACUUAUCUGAUUAGGAUUCUCUGAUGGAAGCUUCAUCAUCAUCUGGAUUGUUGAAGAGGGCCAAGGCGCCUAGUAGUAUGGCCCAUGUAGUUUCGUGCUUAGUUGAUGGGUGCAAUUCAGACCUCAGUCUAGGAAGAGAAUAUCACCGGCGACAUAAGGUUUGUGAAAUCCAUUCUAAGACCCCUAAGGUUACAAUUAGGGGCCAGGAGCAAAGAUUCUGCCAACAGUGCAGCCGGUUUCAUUCGUUACUAGAGUUUGAUGAGGGGAAGCGAAGCUGCAGGAAGCGUCUAGACGGUCACAACAGGCGCCGAAGAAAGCCUCAAUCAGAGUCCCAGUCUCAAAACACGGGAACCGGAGGGUUUUUUUCGAAUCAGCAAGGUGGUACUUUGUUGUCGUUCAGUGGUCCACAACUACUUCCAAGUGCCAUUAUGAACUCUACUUGGGCUGCAGACCAAUGCUUCAACUACAUCGACAGACAAUUUGCGCACAGCUUUGGAGGAGGAAACCAGUUCAAAAUCAUACAUGGAAAUGACCGCCAGGUCUCUGAGCCCUCUCUUUGUGAACCACUUCUUGAUAGCAAUGACUCCGAUUGUGCUCUCUCUCUUCUGUCAUCAGCAUCCGCUGAAACUCGGGAGAUUGCUUUGAGCCAAAUGGCCCCAUCUAGCAUGCAGUUUUGCGGUCUAAGCCAGUUUACGCAAGGAAUGGAAAGUAAGCCACUGGUUUCUGCGCCUAGCUCCUUUGUUGGGGACAAUGCCAAUCUCCAUUUCCAGGGUAUGUUUCAGAAUGGGCCUGAUGGGCCGUCAUCUGCUAGUGGGUCACACCAAACACUCUCAUUCAGAUGGGAGUAGAUUUUGUUUCCCAGUGGGCCUCAGUUGUUACUGUUUGUGAGAUCUAUGUACAAGAAGAAAUACUUCCUCACAACUUGUCAAAUUUCUAUAAUGUUGCCACUUCUUAUUGCUGUGUUA